UUUUUUGAAGAGCCAAAGAAACACAUCCGGUGCACGCGUGCGUAGCAGUGGGGUUUAUUUUCGUCCGUGAUCCAGUACCUGGAUUAACAGGCUUCAGGCCAGAGCAGCACAGAGAGCAAAGAGACACUCGAAAUACAGAAAACACAAACAAUACCAGCAGUGAAUGUGGAAGAGCUGGAGGCCGGACUUUGUGUGGACUUCGGAUGGAUCUGCGGGGGGUGGAGAGAGGUCGACAGUCAGGCCUGUUCCUUGGAGGCUCCUCGGCUCCUGCUGGCCUCCUCUAUGGCCGUCUGGCUGCCAAAUGCUGGAAAUGAGCCUCUGUGUUUCUUGUUUCUUCAUUUAAAUAAUUUAUUGUAGCUUUCAACCAAGACUUAAGAACAUAUUUUUGCUUUAAGUCGACCCAGCAUUAUUUUAAGCCAGCCUGGCAUGCGUGGUUAUAAUCUACCAUAACCUGGCUGUAGCUUCAUUGAGCCAGCUUUCACAUGGUCACAGCUUGUAAGUGUGCUUGUAGAUUUUUCAUGAUUUACACCACAGUUUUAUCAGGAAACAGUCUGUUUGUUGCUGCUGUAGCGUUCUGCACCACAAGGGUAAACAUACAUAUCCUCGUAAUGGAUCCUGACAGAGAAGAAGCUGAAGUAUUUUCGGACCCCGAGGACCCAUUUGCUCUAACAGCAGAGGAUAAGGAACAGGAGGAGGAUGAGGAGGACGAGGAUGAUGAUGAGGAAGAUGCCAGGAUCUUCAAUGCUUGGAUGCAGCGGUACCGGGGAGGGGAACAGCAGAGUAAAGUAGGAGAGGAAGAAGUUGAAGAUGACGAGUCAGAGGGAGGAAGACUUAAAAGCAGAAGCAGCCCGGAGCUUCCGGCCGCGGUAAAGUCAGGCCGCCGAGCAUCACUGCCAUGUCCGUCCACUCUGUCGGCCAUGCAGCUGUCUCGUCUCCACUCGUCCACUCAGGCUCCGGUGACGGCGAGGGUUUUGUUGCGUCGCUCUUCCUCCCGCCGCCUUCUUCCAUCACCUAUGGAGGCCGCUGUGCCCACCUCAGAGCGCAGGCAAUCUCUCAUACCCACAAUCCCCGAGGUUGUGCCAUCUGAGAGGCGGGGACAGUUCAGAAGACGUAAUGUCAUGUCGCUGAGUGAUGCUUAUAGUGUGUGUCUGAUCUGUCAUAAUGACUUAAAUAACGGCGCUGGUGGCACCAGAGAGCUACAGUGCACACACACCUUCCACAAAGAGUGUAUCGAGGAGUGGUUGUGGAGGAAACAGUGCUGUCCAACAUGUCACGUUCAGGUGUCCAUGCCACAGCCAUCUUACUGGAGCUCCAGCAGGGUCAUAAUCCCCUAACAUCACCAGGAAAAACGUCAAUUAAACUGGACUUUAUUGGAUAACCGCUUUAUUAAAGCCCAGUGAAUUUAUCAUUGUCUUUCAGAAUAUUAUCAGAAGAGGAGCGUGACUUUUGACGCAAAACGUUAUUCAAUAGAUUAAAAGACAAAAAGAUUAACACUCAGUAUUUAUAUAAGGAAACAUCCUGUCUUUUAUUUGUCUCCAUUUUGAGCCACACUGGUUUCAACAACCAGGUUAUCCUGAGAAUAAGGGAGUGUAUUCCCUGUUUUAACACCCAUAUCAUCUCAGUGUGAUACAAAUAAGUCAUAGUGGAUUAGAAACAUAUAGUAAAGGACCAACGCUGAAGCUGGAGAACAACCAAAAUAACCUCAUGUAUGUUUUUUUUUCCUUUUUGUCUUCUUUUUAUGGUAACUUUAACAGUAUUUUAAUGACUUUAAAAUAAAAUGUAAUUGUGUCCGAGGAGAAAAAUAUGGUGCAGACAUAACAAAUUCCCAGUCUUAGAAAAAGUUUGGGGUUUUUUACUUCUAAAACUAAUUAUAGUUUCUUCUGCUAGUCUGUUAUUCUCUAUUUUUAUUUGUUUUUUUCUUGUUCUAUAUUUUAUCAUUUCAUUUGUCUUUUGGUGUGAAUAUUCCUAUAUUUUAUUUGCAGAUAAUCACUCAGUUAUCAAUUUAUAUCAAUUUUAAACGAGCUCUACCAAUAAAUGAACUGAAGGGAACAACGCCUCCUUUGUGUGCGUUGUGGCCAGGGGCGGUACUGCAGGCGGAAGUGCUGCACCUGUUGAUGUGCUCUUCUCUUCGGUGAAACUUCACCGCCCCAAAACACCUGAAACUUCCAGCACUUGGGAAGCUUCUGGAAAUUUUAGAAGCGUUUUAUCGCCUUUACUGAAGAACAAAAGGAGUUCAUGGAUAAAUUGAAGAAGGUUUUGAGCGGGCAGGAUGAUGGGAACGCAGAUGGGAGCGGCAUACUGGAGAGAGCCAAUCAGGCAUCGACGCUGUCCUGGGGGACACGGGUGAAGGGUUUCCUGAUCUGCUUCAUUUUAGGAGUUGUAUGCUCCAUCCUGGGUACCUGCUUGUUGUGGGUCCCUGGCUUUGGUCUCGCUGUGUUUGCUGUCCUCUACAGUCUGGGAAACAUCUGCGCUCUGUCCAGCACCAUGUUCCUGAUGGGUCCGUGCCGGCAGCUGAAGACCAUGUGGGCUAAAGAGCGAGUGCUCGCCACCAUCAUCAUGCUGGUGUGUCUGGUGCUGACGCUCUGUGCUGCGUUCUGGUGGAAGAACAACGGCCUCGCUCUGCUCUUCUGUAUCCUGCAGUUUCUGGCCUUCACCUGGUAUGGCCUCUCAUACAUCCCAUUCGCCAGAGAUGCCAUCAUAAAAUUAUUCUCACUAUGCAUCUAGGAAGCCCCGCCCUGUUCUCCCACCCCUCUGAGUCACUACCUGUCUGACCAAUCAGGACACUUAAUGGUGGUAGUGGUGCGUUUAUGUUAGGCUUUUGUUAACAGUUUAUAGUGCAGCUGGAGAGUUCACAGUGCCUGAAUUUCUUUAAUUGGUUUCUGUUUAUUUUCAGCAGUAAAGAAACAGUUUAUUACAGCAUCUAAUGCAGCCUUAUACAGAUAUAAGUGUUCACUCACUGAACGAACAUUAUUCUCAGAAUGAACACAUUAACCCUUUAAAGCAUUAAUUAAAGAAUUAAUAUUUUCAUUAGAAAUUACAAACUAAUUUAGAAGUAAACAAAUUAUCAGAACAGGUUUCUAUUAUCACUUGAACUAUUCUCUUAAGUGAAUAAUUAUCAAACUGUUUUGGUAGAGCUGGACGUCUGGGUUUGAGAUCAAAAUAUGACAGUUUCACUUUGUUUUGCAAAUUAGUCAACAGAAAUCAAUGAUUUUAAUCAUCAGUAAAAUAUUUGAGUAAAUCUUUUUUAAGCUAAAAUAUGAGAAAAAUCACCUAAACAUGAUUAAACUGUGUAAACUUUAUUAAUCUUUGCUUUUGGGGGGAUAUUAUGUAGAUAAUCAUAUUACUAAUAAUUCAAACAAUCAAAACAGGCAGUAAACCCCUUAUAAAUAUUUUAUUCUAAUAUAGAGUAAAGGACGUAUGCCAAAUGUCUACUGCAGAGGCCAGGUUUUGAGCCUGACCUGCUCUCCUGACAAUAAAGACUAGAAGACAAAAAUAAAUGUUUAUUUAAAAAAUAAAAACUCAAGAAGAAACACUCAGUAUUUUCUUACAUGAGUUUAAAAUUUAGUGAAGCAGCUGCAUUAGUAUGUGAGAUAAACCAGGUCCCAUGUGUUUCUCUUCUCAUUUUAAUAUUGAUUUGAGGUGUUACUGAUGUUCGCAUCUUCCUGUUUUGUUUUUUUGUUUUUUGUCCUAAAAUUUCAAUUUUCCUGAAGUUGUUAUCACAGCACUUUCCAACUCAAUAUCUGUGGCAAGAAGUCAUUACAUACAUUUGAACAAAUUAACAUUUCAGGUGCAGUAUGGUUUUGUUGAUUCAGCUCAUCUGUUUCCCAUCUUAAGUUUUCCAUUCACAAAAAGACCAUUGCAAGAUAUUUAGUUUGAAUUUCUACUGGCAAGUCUCCAGGGGGCGAUGCAGAUUUGAUUUUAAAAUUUUUUUGGGCUUCAGUUGCAAGAAACAAACAAACUCUGGCCCGUGGAAGCUCGUUUCCAUAACUGCAAAAAAACCCCAAAACUCACAGGCAGCUCUAAGUUAUUAUUUCAAAAUCUAGAGUUGAGCUGAAAUUUUGACUUGCAAUUAAUUUUCAAUUCAUUAAUAAUUUCUUUUUCAGUGGUGAAAACAAGCUUCCAUAGUGGCCACGACUGUGUUCAGGAGCAUCAAAUGUUAGGUACUCGUUGCUGUGUUUCCAGCACAGCUGCACAUAAACAGAUCAGCGUUCUGUCGCCACACAGUGUGUGCUCACUUUUUCUUUAGAUCAUUUUACUUUUUAAAUGGACGUUUUGCCUAAAAGUCAAAGUGUUUUCUUCUUUACUGUAAUUUGUAUGUUUUAUUUUUUGCGGGAUUACAUGAUUUUAAUACCAAAUCUUGGUCAUAGAGUUUCAUGUGUUAGAACAAACUUUUUCUCAGGUGAAAGAAAAACAUAAUCUUUUUUGUUUCGUCUCACUUUGAACUUGGUUAUCUGCUUCUUUUUAAAUUGGUUUGCACAUUUUUCCUCAUCCAAGAGUCAAUGUUUUCAUAUUUAUCCUCUAGACUUUAUUUAAGGAGCUGCUUUCUUCGUCCACGCUUUCAUUCAUUUGAGUCAUUCCCAGAUUCAAAUCUGGACCCGGAGUUUGCAAAUAUUUAACUGAAACAGUCUAUAAACAGCAGUCCAACAUUUCAUUUUAUUUCAGUGUGGACGAGGAAACAGUGCUUUCAUUGAAAAAGAGUUAAAAUGACUUAAAACUAAUCUCCAUUAAGUUUUUCCAGAUGUGUUUUAGUUUCAUUGAGAUUUGGAACGGCUGUUUUUGGGUUUAUCCACCCUUCAGAAUUUAGUUUUCCUCAUUUGCGUUGCCUUACAGACGGUCAUUUAGUCCUUUUAACCACACUACAAAGCUAUGACUGGAAUUUAGAUGCUGGAGGCUGCUUUAAAAACUGGUCAUGGAUUUCAUGGUCCUCUCCUGCUUUUCUUUAUUUUCUGUUCCAUGACAGCGUCAGACCCUCAUAAUAAA